AUGUAUGUGUUUUUUUCAUUGCUGUCAGUAUGGACUGUGUUUCUGAAUCUGCUGGUGAUCAUCUCCAUCUCUCACUUCAAGAAACUUCACACUCCAACCAACAUGCUCAUUCUCUCUCUGGCUGUGGCAGACCUGUUCGUAGGACUUAUUAUCAUGCCAUUGGAGGCGAUUAGGUUGAUUGAAACAUGUUGGUACCUUGGAGACACUAUCUGUAGACUGUUUUUAAUAAUCUUGGACAUGUUCCUCUGUACAUCUUUGAGUAAUUUAGUUGUAAUAGCUGUUGAUCGUUAUGUGGCUGUGUGUCACCCUCUGCUGUACCCACAGAAAAUAACAACAACUAGAACAAUAAUUAUUAUCUGUGUUUGCUGGUUCUACAAUUCAGUUUAUGCCAUUUCAAUUUUUAUAACUACUUCACAAAGAAAUUACACAUGUUUUGGUGAAUGUAUACUUAUGCCUACUUUUGCACUGGUAAUCAUCGACCUGUUCCUGUCUUUCCUGUUUCCUUGUACCAUCAUUAUAACUUUAUAUUUGAGAAUCUUUUAUGUGGCACAUCAGCAGGUUAAAGUUAUAAACUCUCUGUUGAGGAGUGGAAAACAUCUAACAGAAGGUUCAGUGAAGAGGAAAUCUGAGAGUAAAGCCGCUCUGACAUUAGGCAUCAUUGUGACAGUUUAUUUGUUUUGCUGGAUUCCCUAUUAUAGCUUAACUUUAACACCAAACACAAGAAUGACUUCUGUUAUAUCCUAUUUCAUGUUAUGGAUGUUGUAUAUUAAUUCAGCUCUGAAUCCUCUCAUCUAUGCUAUAUUUUACCCCUGGUUUAGAACGUCAGUUAAACACAUCCUAAAUCUCUCCAAAAUAUUUAAAACAGCAUAACUGCUAUUGGACUUGUUCAUUAUAAUAAUAAUUAAGGUUCUGGAUUUACUAGCAUUGUUUAAAACAAUCAAUGAUGGGGUUCAAUACAAAAUAUUAUGCUCACAUUUGGGAGAGUGCUUUGCCAUAUUACUAAUAAAUCUAUAAUUAAGUUCAUGCAAAUGUCAACCUAAUAAAAUAUAUAUCAAAUGUUCUUUAAAAAGCCAUCCUUUUUUUGUUUGCUGGAUAUUAUUGCAUAUGGUUUGUGCCUCCAUAAUGUUUCUCUCAUCUAAAAUAGAAAACAUUUGUAUAGACUUAUAUUUUUCUGAU